UAAACUACAACACAGGGAAGUGGUUAUUUAUAGAGAAAUGGAUUUCUGUUUUUGAAUUUUACUUACAUUUGUACAACGAAUGUUCAUAUAGCCUUUGUGGCACAGAACUGGAGACAAGAUGAUUUUCUUUAUAAAGCCAGUCAUAUAUCCCAUACUGUUGAAUUUGAUAGCAAUUGUCGCCUGCACAGUUCCCUACUUUCUAGCAUCAGCCAAAGAGAACAACGGUUUCCCAUUCAUCAGUGACAGUGGACGACAAGGUGUUGCUGCAGCAGUGUUCAGCUUGUUUUUCACACUUUACGCAUUUAUUUUUUUCAUAAUUUUAACACUGAGAUUUGAGCAGAUUAAGGCAGUAUACAGCAACAGGAGUCAUAAAUGUUUACAUGCUGUUAACACAGUCACAUACUGUAUCGGAUUGCUAGCUUGUGCAGGUGUUUGGUUGCUAACAAACUUUAGAGAGAAAUCUGAACCAGAAGAACUCAUGAAAGUACAUAAUGCAGGUUCGGUCAUAGGAUUUGCGUUGGGAACCAUAUACUUUUUGCUACAGACAAUAUUCUCAUUUUUCUGGAAAGAGGUUCCCGGCAGAACACUUGUUGUCAACAUUUGCAGAGGAAUAUUUUCGAGUCUGCAUUUUGCAUUUUUAGCCGCAUUCAUGGUCCUAUUGCAGAACUUCAUGAACACAUAUGCAAGUAUUCCACUUUUUUUAUGCCCCAUUUAUAAACAUUAUGUUUUCUGA